AUGGAGAGUUUGCGCUGUGUGCUGAAGCUGAAACAGGCCGAGAUCCCGACGCUGUCCAAGCAGAACGCAGAGCUGCAGCGUGAGAACGACGAGCAACGCAGUUUGAGCAAUCGUGUCACUCUGUUGCACCAUCUGUAUCGCUCUGUUAAUCGCUUCGUUCUCAAUUACGAUGAGCUUCGCCCGUUGAUUUGCCAAAUAGCGGCAAUACUUAAUAAUCGUUCAUUGCUAUCAGUUUCAGAGAAUCCUGACGAUUUUGAUGCGCUAACUUCCGCUCAUCUACUGCUUGGUGGUCCUUCAACCGUAAUUCUUGAGCCCGACCUAACUAUGCUGGACUACAAUCGGUUGGAUGGUUGGCAGCGUGUCACUCAGCUGCAGCAGGUCUUUUGGACUAGAUGGCGGGAGGAGUAUCUGACUCUUCUCCAGAAAAGAUCCAAGUGGCGCACUCCUGAUCGUCGUCUCCAAGUCAACGACUUGGUCUUGGUGAAGGACGAAAAUUUGCCUCCUCUUCGGUGGCCGCUAGCCCGUGUCAUGGCGCUCAUCCCUGGCAAGGACGACGAGUGUCAAGUUGCCGAGUUAAAGACGACGUGUGGCAGCACCCGGAGAACCAUAAACAAACUCUGUCCACUGCCCCUGAAAGAUGAUGUUGAAAGAUAG